GCAAUAAUUUCCAUCAACCGACUCGCGGUCAACGGUCAGUACACAUGGCGACCUUGAUCGCUCCUGACAUGAGUCCCGCUAUGGCCAGAGCCAUGGGCAUAAGAUACUGGAAUCGUCUCGCCACCCAGCUGGGACAUUGGAACAAGUUGAACGUCGUCAUCAUGGAUGAUGAGAUGUACCAGCUCAUGCCGCUCCAGGCCAAGGUUGAGCUCGCUCGUGAGAUGCGAAACUUCCUGCGCCAAGAUGUAAUGUAUGCCCAGGAUGCAGACAAUGACCAAGUCUGGAUUCUCGGUCCCAAGAAAGUCAUUAAGCCGCACCUUAUCGUGGUCGACAAAAUUCCCAUCUGGGAUCCCAAGAAGAGAAUUAUGCCGCCGAAGCCCACGACGAAGCUUGAGAAGAUUCCGCGUCCCCCGAAUGCCUACAUCCUUUACCGCAAGGAUAAGCAAAGCGAAGUCAAGGCCCACAACCCCGGCCUUCACAACAACGAGAUUUCGGUCAUCACGGGCUCGAUGUGGAAGGAUGAGACCCCUGAGGUCCGAGAGAUGUACCACAAGAAAGCCACGGAAAUCAAGGCUAAUCUGAUGAGAAUGCAUCCCGGAUAUCGGUACAGCCCUCGUAGGUCGUCUGAAAUUCCUCGCCGGUCUCGCCGCAACAAAAAUCUCAACCCCCGAACCGUGAUCAUCAACGGUAAUCCGGUCGUCUUGAACCCCACCAGCACCCUGUUUCAGCAUAAUACGCCCCCAGCCCCCGGGGUCAACAUCGAGAUCGCAGGCCUUGUUCCGACCAGUGACAUCACCCGCUACGUUCCCGGCUCUCAGCAGUUUCUGCCCCCGGUUGAGACCCCUGGCUGGCACCCGCUUCAGAUGAUGCUGGCCCAGGUUACUCAGGCUCUCCAGGCUGCUCAGGCUUCCCCGGCUACUCAGGCUGCUCAGGUUACCCAGCCCGCUCAGACUGCUCAGCCCACUCAGACUGCUCAACCCACUCAGACUGCUCAGCCCACUCAGACUGCUCAGCCCUCUCAGGCCACGCGCUAUCCGACAAUCGACGAUCUGGUCGAUGACUGGGACGUGGAGGCGGAUCUUCAACAGUGGAAUGCCGAGAUCCAAGCUGAAAUUGAUGCUGAGAAUGCGAUUUAGGGGCUGAGAAUAAUGAGGGAGUGUGAUCUCAUCCCAUCGCAUCGCACAUCAAUCCCCCGCCUAAGUCGACCCAAGACAGAAAGAAGCCCUGACGUUUUGGCACCCCCCCACAGUCAAGCAAGUAACAAAGUCGAGAAGGAUCCAUGAGCCACUGCGACACAAAAUUCACACCAAAAAGAAAAAAAAUUGAAAAUUAAAAACACAAAAAAGAGAUUGCCAAUUUUAUCACCCACCCACCGACCUCGAGUUCAGCUGCACCACCAGUGUGUGUGUGUGUGCUCGUCCUGAGAGAGAGAGCGGGGGAUGGACGGAUGGAUGGUGGUCGACGU